AUGGGCGACAUUGAAGAGAACGAGAAGUCUGUCACCAUCCAGAAACUUCCGGGUGGCCGCUCCGUUUCUCCUGUGAACAUAGAGGAGCGGCGGGCUUCGGUUUCUUCUGCCGCCGCGGCGAAGAAAAUCCUUGAGCACAGUAACGAUGCCGACGAAGCGAUGAAGGCGUUCGCCUCGGGCGAAGUGGUGGAGAUUGACGAGGCCACCAACAAGCGGCUCCUGCGCAUCAUUGACUGGCAUCUGAUGCCACUGCUCUGUGUCAUCUACGGGUUGAAUUACCUCGACAAGACGACCCUAUCCUAUGCCAGUAUCAUGGGCAUCAAGACGGACAUCAACCUUGUGGGCGACGACUACCAGUGGCUCUCCAGCAUGUUCUACUUUGGCUACCUGGCUUGGGAGUAUCCCACAAACCGACUGUUGCAGAGUCUGCCGCUUGCCAAAUAUUCGGCCUUCUGUGUCGUGGCUUGGGGCGUGGUUCUGGCAUUGUUUGCCACAGUCACCAACUUUGGCGGCGCUGUUGCUAUACGAUUCUUUCUGGGUGUGAUGGAGUCCGCUGUCACUCCAGGUUUCGCCCUGUUCACUUCUCAGUGGUACACGAAGCGCGAACAAGGCACACGCACGGGAUUCUGGUUUUCAUUCAACGGCUUCGGACAGAUCUUUGGCGGUCUUGUCGCUUAUGGCAUUGCUGUCGGGGCUCGCAAGCACGGGACCGCCAUCGCGCCCUGGAAAAUCGUCUUCCUCGUCAACGGAUGCCUGACCGCGGUGCUGGGCGUUGUGUUUUUCUUCGUCAUGCCGGACAACCAGCUCAACGCACGGUGGUUGAAGCCUCGAGAUCGAGUGUUGGCCAUCGAGAGAGUGAGAAUAAAUCAGCAGGGCAUCGGCAACAAGCACUUCAAAUGGUAUCAAUUGAAGGAAGCUCUGUUGGACCCAUUGACCUGGGCGUUUACCUUUUACGCCCUGACUGCGGAUAUCCCCAACGGAGGCAUCAGCAACUUCUUUUCACAACUGAUUGUUUCCUUUGGCUAUACGCCCGAGCAAUCUCUGCUGUACGGCACCCCCGGUGGCGCGGUCGAAGUCGUCUCCCUCAUGUUUUGUGGUUGGCUCGGCGAUCGUAUCGGUCAGCGCCUUCUGGUCUCUAUGGGUGGCUUAUGCGUUGCACUGAUUGGGAUGAUUCUCAUCGUUGCCCUCCCUCUGGACAAGGACGGAGGCCGGCUCGCGGGGUAUUAUCUCACUCAAGCGUCGCCGACCCCCUUUGUGGCCUUGCUCUCGCUCAUCUCUACCAACGUUGCGGGCUACACCAAGAAGACCACGGUGGCUGCCUUGUAUCUCAUUGGAUACUGCGUCGGUAAUAUCAUCGGGCCCCAGGUCUUCCGCCCAUCAGAUGCUCCAGAGUAUCGCCCUGCAGAGAUUACCAUCAUCGUUUGCUGGGGCGCGUGCCUGGUUGAUCUCGCUUUCAUCUGGUGGUAUUGCAAGCGGAUGAACAAGAAGAAGGAGAUUGAACGGGCCGAGCCUGGAUAUGUCAAGCUGGAGAACCAGGAAUGGCUUGAUCUGACCGACAAGGAGAACCCGGAAUUCAUCUACAGUCUCUAA